UUAUCUUUGUUUACUUGGCAACGCUAUUUAUAAAAAUGACAUCUAUUCGCUUCACGUGUUGCUUGUGGUAUUCUGCGGCAAAACGUGUGUGGAAUAAAGAUCCUCAGCUUUGUAGGCAGAAACCGGCAUUCCCAGUUUUCAACAGAAUGGCUUCUAUCACCGAUUCGGCACUGACUGAUAGUGCUCCUAAGCGCAUUCGUAGUAGUACUCCAGUAAUUGGGACCCACAGCGGCACAUUCCAUUGUGAUGAAGUACUGGCAUGUUUUAUGCUUAAGCAGCUACCGGAAUAUGAAAAUGCCACUAUUUUUAGAAGCCGGGAUGAUAAAGCCUUACAUGAAAAAUGUGAUAUAAUUGUCGAUGUUGGCGGGGAAUUCGAUCACCAACAAAAGUUGUACGACCACCAUCAAAAAAGUUUUGAAGAAACGUUCAGUUCAUUGCGUCCAGAACUGGGAGACGAAUAUAAAAUUAGACUCAGCAGUGCUGGCCUUAUUUAUGUCCAUUAUGGUGAGCGGAUAAUAGAAAGUAUUCUUCAAAAGCAUAAAGAGGCAGCAUUAUCACCUAAAAAUUUAAAAUUAAGCUUCAUACAGAUAUAUCGAAAUUUUAUUAGUGAAAUAGAUGCUAUUGAUAAUGGAGUGCCCAUGUACGAAAAUGUAGGUGAGCCUCUAUAUAGAAUAUCGACACAUCUGUCAUCACGUGUUCAGAGGCUAAAUCCGUCCUGGGAAGAUGUGCGAUGUAACGAAACCGAACAAAAACUAUUUGAACAAGCUCUAGAGUUGGUUGGCAAAGAGUUCGUAGACAAUGUUUUGGCCAUGGCCGGCUCAUGGAUCAGGGGUAGAGAGUAUGUUCGAAAAGCCUUAGAGCAAGCUACAUCUGUUUACGAAACUGGUGAAAUUUUAGUACUGGAACGUUUUUGUCCAUGGAAGGUACAUUUAUUUGACCUAGAAAAGGAAUACAACGUUGAAGGUAUCCCAAAACUUGUAUUAUUUUCGGAAAACGAGCAUAGCUGGCGAGUUGCAGGCGUCCCCGUUUCACCCGCCAGUUUCUUAGGCAGAAAGUUCCUACCGCUCCCUUGGCGUGGUUUGCGAGAUGAAGAGUUAUCGAAAGUGGCGGACAUACCCGACUUGAUUUUUGUUCACUCAACAGGAUUCAUAGGUGGCGCAAAGACAAAGGAAGCUGCUCUGCAAAUGGCGUUGAAAAGUGUUCAAUGGCAAGAUAAAUAGAAGAUAUAUUAGAGUUAGUAGCUAAAGAUAGAUAAAAAUUAAAUUAAAAAAUCAUGCUUUCAAAAAAAUAUAUAAGAUAAACUAUCAUAUUGUACUUUUCUACUUCUCGGCAUCUCAGAAAAGGACUGCCCGUGAGAUGGGUUCCAAUUUUCCAGUCGUGCUAAUAUCAGUAUCCCACAACUUGAAUUAUUUCAUCUCCCGCAUUAACUGCCAUAUUUUUUUUUGGUUUUUUGUAUAAGGUAGAUUUCAAUUUGAACAGAAUUGUAUGGUCUAACUUGCUAAGGAAAUCAUGUCUUAACUCGGUCCAAUGUAAGGUGUUCCUAUGAAAUAAUUGUUUUAGUAUUAAUGUAACCCAAAUUAACUAAUUUGCUAAUAAGAUUGGUGAUAUUAUUGAUUUCAUGCUUGUUGACGAGGACUAAUUAUUUUAAUUAUAAGAAUAUAAAUUUGUCAUCUGCAAGUAUGAUAACCUCCCUCCCUUUAUUUCUUCAAUUGUGUGAUUCCCUCUCCACCUGUACUAAUCUUUUCAUUUCAGUAACACAAAUUUUAACUCAAUCAUUUUAGAAAUAAAUUGGAAUUAUAUUUUUCUAUCUAAUGCUAUAAAUAUAAAUAAGGAAUGCUUUUUUAUUGAAUAUUCUUUAGGUUUUAAACUGCAAUCUGCUUCAGCUGCAUAAAUUACCGUGGUUUACAAAAAGUCCAAAAAAGUUGAAAAAUAAAAGAAACAAAUAUUUUAAUCUACAAGUCCACUAAUAACCUAAUACAUUUUUAAGGGAAAGUACUUGCUAAAUUACUCUAUGACGAAGAUAAUCUGAAGGCAAAGCCCAAAGCUUAAGGCUUAAUGGAAGUACAUUCGGUCCUUGAAAGGGUGCUCAAAUAUUCCAACCUGUAUGACUUUUUGAUAAGCGCUCCGAUAAUUUCUCUGACACAGUAAAUUGUUUUGCGGACGUUUUCAAAUCUAAUUUUGUUAGUGAUUCUGUGGAUAUUGAUGUCAUAAUGUGGUGUUUACUCUCUCUUUUUUUCAAUCUUUCCCCCUACCUUGAAGUUGUUAUUGACCGUUGGAAAUUGGGUUCAACUAAAUCGAUUUAAAUCUGAUAACAAAAAUUAUGUUAUCGCUUCUCUGUGGUUAGCAAAUUUGCAGUUUUCACCAAAUAUUAUUGAGAAUGUUAUCAGGUAGAUACUGAGAUUGCGAUCUUAUUUCAUCUUAUUCAUAAGAAAAACUUUGUAUUUAGUGUUAAAAACUUUCUGUAUAUCUAGUCUGUAAGGUUUUAUAAUCAUAGACUUAAUAAAGGAAUGAAAUGAAAUCCAUUCUGUA